CUACACAGCAAUGACAUGAUAUGAAACUCUCUUCGUGCCAAAAUUUGUUUCCGACAAAAAAAAAACUAUGGAUUUCCAGUGCCUUGACAUACUAACUGAUGAGACAAAACAAAACCAAGACCUCUCAAAACCACUCACACAGCAGCGCAGAACUAGAAGGCUAACCCAAGCUCAAGUAAGGCUCUUGGAAACGAGCUUCACCAGUGAUCACAAGCUCCAAUCGGAACGCAAGCUACAUCUUGCUGCUAAGCUUGGGCUCUCCCCAAGACAGGUUGCCAUCUGGUACCAGAACCGGCGAGCCCGCCACAAGACACAGACAGUAGAGUUUGAUUACAGAAGUAUCCAGCUGAAACUGGACGAUGUCUUGGCGGAAAAGAAAAGGCUCGAGCGAGAGGUUGGGAUGCUUAAACACGAGCUGAACAGGGCUCGGGAGAUGCUGCUUCGCGCAUCAGGCAACGAUGGCGGUGGCCGCUCCUCGCCCGACGCUUCUCUUCCUUCUGUUAUCUCCACAUCCGGUGUGGAUGAUCAUGGUAGUUCAAGCUCGCUUCAGAAUUAUUAUACCUUCGGAACAGAAAAUGUAGCUGAGCUGCCGGUGGGGGAGCUGUAUACUUGCUUGUCUCCUUGGCCUUAAAGACUUCAUAUGUAAAAGGGUCAUUUCUUAAGAAUUCUGACCAGUGACCACCAGUGUAAAAUAGUUUUGUUAAGAGUUUUACAUAUUUUCUACUCAAACCAAGUUGUUUCGUUUAGCACGUCCAGACAGUUUUUAAAUUCAGCCUUUUUGUAACUCAUAUAAUAACAAUUUAGUGUUUGUGGAAAAA